UCGUCUCUGGUUUCGGUCGCCGAUCAGCGCGUGUUUCCUUUCCUUCCUAUAACUCGUCUGCGUAGGGUGUGCUCUGGAGCUAGUCUCGGCACACAUUUUAUUAUUAUGAAACAAACCAAAAGCUAGAGUACAAACGCAGACAUAUUUUUAUAAGAAAAAAAAAAUCGGUGAAGCAGGAUUUGAUUUGAAGACCAAGAAACGACAAGAAGACGCAGGAUUUUGAAAGCGACGCAACGAGAGGAACGCUAGCAGGCUAAUCAGUUAGCAUUAUUGUUGAAAGCGUGGGUGACUAACGAAAGCCAUUAUAUUGUUAACCUCAAUUUUUUUUCACUCUAAGGACAUUGGCAUUCCAUUAUUAUAACAUUUAUUGCUUAUAUUGGCUACGCAUAUUGUAACUUAAGCAGUGAAACGUUUGGAUUCCAGUAUUAAUUGUCGAGCUAACUCGGGCCACACUCCGACCCAGUUCACCAAGCUAGCCAGCCCACGUUGGUAAGGUAGCGGUGUGCUUGUCGAAAUACAGAUUCGAGCAAGGGAGUGCGGCAAGAAAGAAAUUGAUCCAUAUCAAGGACAAUUGCAAUCGUAUAGUCGGCAGUAGAUAUUUUACCCCGUUUUUUGGCAACUGAGAAGGCACAUCAUCAGUCAUGAAUCCCAGCGCGCCCAGUUACCCCAUGGCCUCGCUGUACGUGGGAGACUUGCACCAGGACGUCACGGAGGCCAUGCUGUACGAGAAAUUCAGCCCGGCCGGGCCUAUCCUCUCAAUCAGAGUAUGCAGGGACAUGAUCACUCGGCGUUCCCUUGGUUAUGCGUACGUCAACUUCCAGCAGCCGGCCGAUGCCGAGCGUGCCCUGGACACCAUGAACUUUGAUGUGAUCAAGGGUAGACCCCUUCGCAUUAUGUGGUCCCAGCGUGAUCCCUCGCUGAGAAAGAGCGGGGUGGGCAACAUCUUCAUCAAGAACCUGGACAAGUCCAUUGACAACAAGGCUCUUUACGAUACAUUCUCUGCCUUUGGCAAUAUCCUGUCCUGUAAGGUGGUAUGUGAUGAAAAUGGCUCAAAGGGUUACGGCUUUGUGCACUUUGAGACCCAUGAGGCGGCAGAGCGUGCCAUUGAGAAAAUGAAUGGCAUGUUACUUAAUGACAGAAAAGUGUUUGUCGGACGAUUCAAAUCCCGAAAAGAGAGGGAGGCUGAGCUGGGAGCACGCGCUAGAGAGUUCACAAAUGUUUACAUCAAGAACUUUGGAGAGGACAUGGACGACGAGAAGCUGAGGGAGAUGUUUAACGCAUAUGGCGCUGGACCGGCCCUCAGCAUCCGGGUUAUGACCGACGACGGAGGGAAGUCCAAAGGAUUUGGCUUCAUCAGCUUUGAAAGGCAUGAGGAUGCACAGAAGGCUGUGGAUGACAUGAACGGCAAAGAGCUCAAUGGUAGACAGGUUUACGUGGGUCGUGCGCAGAAGAAGGGCGAACGUCAGAAUGAACUCAAACGCAAGUUUGAGCAGAUGAAGCAGGACCGCAUGACCAGAUACCAGGGUGUCAAUCUCUACGUCAAAAAUCUGGAUGACGGUCUGGAUGAUGAGCGUCUGCGCAAAGAGUUCUCUCCCUUUGGAACCAUAACUAGUGCCAAGGUGAUGAUGGAAGGUGGCCGCAGCAAGGGCUUCGGCUUCGUCUGCUUCUCCUCCCCGGAGGAGGCCACCAAGGCCGUCACGGAGAUGAACGGUCGCAUCGUGGCCACCAAGCCGCUGUAUGUGGCUCUGGCCCAACGCAAGGAGGAGCGCCAGGCCCACCUCACCAACCAGUACAUGCAGCGCAUGGCCACCGUCCGCGCCGUGCCCAACCCCGUGCUCAACCCCUACCAGCCAGCCCCGCCCUCGGGCUACUUCAUGGCCGCCAUCCCCCAGGCUCAGAACCGUGCUGCUUACUAUUCUGCCAACCAGCUGGCCCAGCUCCGCCCCAGCCCCCGCUGGGCAACGCAGGGUGUGCGUCCCCAACACUUCCAGAACAUGCCCAACGCCAUGCGCCCGUCCGCCCCCAGGCCCCAGACGUUCAACGCCAUGCGGCCCACCACGGCCCAGGUCCCACGCAUGAUGACCUCUCAGCGCAUGCCCACCCAGGCCCUCGGCCAGCGCCCUGCCGGUGCUUCAGCAGCAGGGGCCGCCCCGGUGCGGGCCAUGCCCCAGUACAAGUACGCCCCCGGGGUGCGUAACCCCCAGCAGCACAUGGCCUCCCAGCCGCAGAUCCCCAUGCAGCAGCCUGCUGUACAUGUGCAGGGACAGGAGCCACUGACUGCCUCCAUGCUGGCCGCUGCCCCGCCUCAGGAACAGAAGCAGAUGCUUGGUGAGCGUCUGUUCCCUCUGAUCCAGAACAUGCACCCCAGCCUGGCUGGCAAGAUCACCGGCAUGCUGCUGGAAAUCGACAACUCUGAGUUGCUCCACAUGCUGGAGUCCCCCGAGUCCCUGCGCUCAAAGGUGGACGAAGCUGUGGCCGUGCUCCAGGCACACCAGGCUAAGGAAGCUGCCCAGAAGUCCACAACCCCGGCUGGGGUACCCAGCGCCUAAAAGAUUGCUCAUUUUGAAACCUGCUUCACCGAUGAAAAAGAUAGAAAAAAAAAUUAAACAUUGAAAAACCUAAAACUCUGAAAACAUCGAAAAAUGAUAAAUUAUUUCUUAAAAAAGAACACAAUUGACUUCGCCGGGUCUAGGAAUGGUUUGACUAGACCUUGAUAAUAAAAAAGUUUAAAAAAUAGCAAAAUAUAGAAAAGCUGAGAUAACACAUUUUGAAUGCAUUCCUGUUUUAUGUCAUUUUACUGUGCCAGUGCUCAGAAUAUCAUGCGUGUAAAAUGAUAGCUGGGCACUCUGAAAGGUAAAUUGUUUCGUAAAGUACUGGCUGUAAUAAAGUCUCGAACAGUAUCCCUGCCUUGUUUCGUCUAUGGCUUUUUGCAAAUCUGGUAUUUCUUUGUAAGUGCUGCAUUUUCUUUGAUUAGACCGGUAUAAAUCAGAUUAGGGUACUUUUGGACGACAUUUUUUCAAUUGCUCUUCAGAUGACUCACUUUAGUUGAAAUGAUAUUGCAAGUUUACUGCUGGAUUAUACAGCGCUACCACUAGAUGUCGCUAAAAGGUAAAAGUUGAAGCAUGUUUGCCCUACUUGGCUUUAUUAAAACACUAACCUGGUGAACUACAUAUCGGUGUAUGAAAUACAUAUGCCGUACCGUUGCACAUGAUUGGUGCUUAUCAAUGUUGCAUUACAAUUUGUUCUUUGCUCUUAAGGAAACGUUCUAUUGAACUGAGUCCACCCAUCAGAGUUUUAUAACUUUGAUACAUGAGAGAAGUAUAGGCCUACUGCAUCCUGUUGCUAGCACAUUUUUUACUCCAGUCUGGUUACUGUUGAAUUCUUGUUCUUUGAAAUCAGCUGCUUUUUUGUUUAAUCCACCACUCGAAUUCAUAGAUGCCAAUGUUGAUGGACAUGAUGCAAUUGCAUCCCAAUUAACUUAAUGCCCUUCCAAUCUAAAUCCUGCGCAUAGAUUACAAGACUAGCUUUAAAGGAGAGUUUUAGAAGAAUAAUGCAUCACUAGAGUGUGUAUGUAGACUAUCCUGAGCCGACUGGAGUGAUGUUUACCAAAAUGCUUGCUUACCCAAGGUUACUUUUAUUUAUUUUUAUUCUGAAGUGCAUGUUAGUGCAUCUUGAAUGUCGCAUACAUAAUGAACUUGAAUGUGUACUUAAGUAGCCUUGCGUCUCUGAAGGAGACACGCAGCCUCUUUGUUUCAUGAAAUGUUAUGAGGAACACUAAGACCCACUGUCAUUUGUAAAUUAAAUAAAUUGCAACCAUUCCACAUUGAACAAG